AUGGCCCUCCCCGGCUCCAGGCCCAAACUCCCCGUGUCCGUGGACAAGCCCACGCCGUACACGUUCGACCUCGGCCUCCUGCUCGCCGAGGACCCCAACACCGUGACCCUCGACCGCUCCUCGCUCGAGCAGUCCCUCGCCCAGGUGGCCCGCGACGGCGCCCAGUCCCUCAUCAACCAGCUCCUCACCACCUGCCCCGUCAGCUCGACCAGCGACGGCGUGCUCCUCUCGCUGCCCGCCCCGUCGACCGCCCUGCCCCGCGAGAAGCCCCUGCCCGAAGCCAGGGCCAGGACGAAGUGGGAGCGCUUCGCCGAGAAGAAGGGCCUCAAGGCCAAGACGAGAGAGCAGCGCAGGAACCUGGCCUACGACGAGGAGACCGGCGAGUGGAAGCGCAAGUGGGGAUACAAGGGUCUGAACAAGAAGGGCGAGGACUAUCCCAUCGUCGAGGUGGACAUGAAGAAGGAGAGGGAGCGGAAGGAAGGAACCAGCAUCAGAGGGGACGGCAGGCGGGAAAGAAGAGAGCGGGUAAAGCGCAACGAGAGGAAGAUGAGGAAGAACCAGAGAGAUGCAUCGGGGCGCUAG